UUUUUUUUUUUUUUCCCCUUUUUUUUUCCCCCCCUUCCCUCCCUGCCCCGCUCCGGCGCUUGGCGCGGAGCCGCCUCUAUAUAUUUCUACCCAUUUUUUUUCCUCUCCCUCCUCAUUCCUUCCCCCCCCUUUCCCGCUGCAGGUGCCCUUUAUUUUUUUUUUUUCUAAUACUAUUAUUAUUACCAUCUCAAUUUAAUUUUUUUUUCCCUGCCUUAUUUAUUUAUUUAUUUCACAUACACAUCCCCCCCUUUUCCCUUGCCCGCUGUCAGGCGAGGAAAAAAAAAAAAAAAACAGGGAAAUAGGGGUGCCUGCAUGUCUUUAACGCUGGGAGCGUGUAUAAGGGGAGGGGAGCGGGGUGGGUGGGAGUGUCUCCCCUCGCCGUCCUCUCCCGGGGAUUAUCGGUUAUCUGGGAUUAUUGGCUUUCCCGCACGCGUGACGGCCGGGUGGGGACGGGGGGGACGGCGGCGGCUGCUCUCUGCACCUGCAGCCGCUCCGCGGGCGCAGGACGGCGGCGAGCGCUGGCGGCCGCCGGGCUUGUGGCGUGACUCGGGGUCCGCUCUCAAUGGCUGGAUCCUUCGGUCGGGCAUUAUUAUUGUCAUGCUGUCCCCGGCGCUACCGCGAAAGCGCUGGUGCGUUUUGCAACCUGUGGCGGGGCUGCGCCGUGAUCUGUCAAGCCCCGGGCUAAGAGCGGGCGGUGAUGGAGAAGACUUGCGGCAUUUCCCUGCCCGGGGAAGGGGGGAGCCCGCGGGGAGGCUCGGCCGCCGCCGGCUGCCGGCCCCGGAGCACCGCGGAGCGCCGGCCCGGGGCGGCGGGGACCGCGCUCGCCUCGACGGUGCGUGCGGGGCGGCUGCCGGCCGGGAACCCAACCGCGAUGCAAAACUCGCGAAGGGGCAAAAGUGUGUGAAGCGACUCUGAAUAUCACGCGUAGGGCUGAAAAUAAUAAUAAUAAUGACAAUAAUAACAACAACACCACCACCACCAGCAGCCGUGGGGAGGAGCGGGCGUCCCCCGCCGGGAGGAAGGCGGCGGGCGAGGGAAGCGGAGCGCAGCCGUGCGAGGGAUGCGAGGGACGGGGUCCGGGGCGCGCUGCGUGCGGAGCCCCCCGCUGCCCCCAGCGCAGCCCUUCCCCUGUGUUUACUACCGCGGCGGACUUGGCGCGGGGUCAGGCGCUCGUAAAUCUGCCGGCGGCAGCCGCGGGGCUGGCCCCCGGCCACACGCUAUUCCUGGAGCGAACGGCCGCGGGGAGCCGCGCAACCCCCGCGCCGCUGCGGCCCCGAAACCGCCGAGAGCGGCCGGGCAAGACAGAGCGCUGUUUGUUUUGGUUGGUUGGGGGUUUUUUUAAUUGUUUUUAUUAGGUGCGUGAUCUUGUGUGCGCAUUUUUUUUCUUUUUUUUUUUUUUCUUUUUUUUUUAAGCUUCCCCCUCAAUCUCCUUUAAAAAUAAAAGGCAAAACAAAACCGAAAAAGCCCAACUUUGUUAUGAAAACUUUCGUGGUCGGACGGCAGCGACCUCUCCCGGCC